AUGGGCAAGAGCGGCACCACGCUGGGCUCCCCGUGCUGGAUGGCGCCCGAGGUGGUGGCCGCGCGCGACGCCGACGGCUACGACAACCGCGCGGACAUCGUGCGCAACCCGCCGCCCGCGCUCUUCCGCCCCGCCAACUGGACGCAGAUGUUCAACGACUUCAUCGCAGAAUGCUUGACAAAGAACCCUGAGCAUCGUCCGUACAUGGUUGAAAUUCUGGAGCAUCCAUUUUUGACAGAAUUGCAGCAGAAUGACUAUACU